AUGGCCAAAAAGGUGCUGCUCUACUCGCUGCCCCACGACUGUCCCAUCCCUUGGCCCGCGCACCCGACCUACGCGAUCGUUGAUCCAUCCGAGCGGCGAUCCGAGCUGGACCAGGCCUACCUCGAGGCGCUCUACUCGGACGUGCACAACAACAUCAUCGUGAGUGCGAGUGUGUCGGAGCGGCGAACCUUCAACAGCGAACCUGCUAAUCAAUCCGUCCUUCUUGGGUGUUCAGAGCAAGUCGCGACAGUUUGGGCACCAUCUGCUCGCGCUCGCUUCGGAACGGCCCCGCGCCGAGGUCGAGCACAAGAUCCGCAGCAUACUCCUCCCGCUCCACGACUUUGACAGGAAAUGGAGAAACACAAUCCCGGCACUCGUGAAACCGACCUCGACCGAAAACGUCGCUCCCGUCACCGCCCAGAGUCGUCCACUCCCACCGACGGGCAAAAAGCACAAGCUUGCCGACAAGGAAGUCACGCUCUUGCUCGAUACCUAUCGCAAGUGGAGGGUCGCCGAAGAGGCAAAAAUAGAGAAGGAUCGACCCAAGUCACUCCCUGUGAUUCAAGAAGACGUCGAACAUCCGCAAGCGGUGACCCACAUUGAUGACGAUGCUCCGGGCCAGGGCGGAAAACUCGGCUCGAUGCACCCAGAGGGCGUCGAAGAAGAGCUUGUGCACAAGCCCGUGGCUUGGACCAAAAAGGAGGUCAAUGACGCACAAUGGAUAACAGCGGGUGAACUUUUCGAGUAGGUGUUGUGGACACUACGCAUACAGCCUGUCUCUAGGCUCGGAAGCUGAUGCAAAUUUUGCCCUCUCCAGCACGCUACUCCAUAGCCUGUUGCUCCUCACGCUCAUCACUCUACCGGCCCCGCUGGAGUCGCCCGAGGUCAAGGCCAAGAAAAAAAAAGACCCGGAGCGGCAUGCCUCUACCCUGGACCCAGAGCUCUUGCUCGACUUUUUGACCGAUCGACUACAAAUCUGGCGGGUGAUGAGGGACGUCAACGCGCUUGGGUUAGGGGCGGACUCGCAGGUCAGCAACGCGAAGAAGAAGGAAGGAGUGGAGAUUGAGGACCGUGACGAAGUACAGCAAUGGUGGCUGGACGUUGUCGAAGCACUCUUUGGGCCACACGCCUCACCUGCCCUGCUGUCGCACCAUCGCGCCAAGCUAUUCCCCUCCGCCACCCCAGCCGACGCGCUCGCACUUCGACUUGUCCCUGCGCCGUCGCCGUUCAAAACACGGAGCCUACUGUCUCUCGAUAAGAGUGCGAGGAGGAAACAACGAGAUCAGAGACCACUUGUUGCCGAAAGCCCCACCAUGAAGCGCCUGCUCGGCCUGGACUCGUCAACUCUUGGCGGCUCGCAACACGACAGCUUCAAAGUACCCACCUUGCCCUUUUCCAAGUCAAAAUCGGGAGGUACAAAUGCUGCAGCUCCUUCGUCCAAACAUGACUCGUCCAAGACAGAUCACAAUGGUCGCGACAAGACGUCGGAGAGCACCGCGCCUCGUUCGAAACCGCCGAGAAAACAGCCGCGACCCCUGCCUCGCGGCGACAGUCUCAUUAGCUCCUCCAAGGGUCUCUUCAAUCGACGCGAAGUCAGCUUUGGCAAACCCAAAACUGGUGCUGGGAUCAAGAAGAAGGCCAUAUCUGCGUCCAAGGUCGCGGAACAGACCGUGGCGGAGCAAGCGGGUGCACAUCGCGUGAACAAGCGCAAGAGCGUAAGCCCCAAAAGUGAGUCGACUUCAAUGCGUGCGUGACAGUGGUCUAUCAUCUACGCAGCUGCUGACUCGAUGCUCACAACAGAAUCGAGCUCUACAGCCAACAUGGCUUCGUUCACACUCGUUCCGGACACGCCUGCAGCAUCGCGCACCUCAUCGGCCACAAUCUCAACCCAGGCCCCCGUGGUACCCUCUUUCGCCGCACUCGGGGCGGCUUUCCGACCGGGUGCCUCGUCAACCCCUGAUUUCCUUCCGGCAGGCUUGUCGGCGGCCGCUCCCAUGGACUGGGACGACGAUGAGGAGGAUGAGCUGUAUCUGAGGGGCUUCGAGAGAGACAAUGGCAAGCUGUCGCGGGGCAAGCGGCAAGUUGAUUUGAUCAUGGGCACGCCCGAGCAGCCGUCCAGAACUAGCUGGGUCGUCCCUGAUACGUAG